AGCCUCUGUGUCAAAAACUGACCAACAUCACUGAAAAACUAAGUGUGGAUCAAGAAACCUGAAACCUGGGCCCUCCACGGUCACAGAAUUGUCAACGUGUCGAAACAGUCCAGACAAAAAUGUCUUCAAAGACUUCCCGAUGAUGUGAUUUAAAAAUAGAGAGACAGGCCAUCUGCCUCUUAGUUUAGUGGAGGAGGGAGGAUUAAAUCCAGAUUAUGGAUGAAGUGUGCAUGUGUGUGUGUGUGUGUCAUCUGUGUGUCCUUGGAUCCACAGACAGGCAGCAGGUUAGCUGAGCUUCCACUGACUUUGACUCCUAAAUCAGAGCAGAUAGUGAGGAAAGCGACACUCGUUCAUUCAGAAAAAACAUUCACCACAGUUGUGCAGUUGAAGAUGGCGUUCAUGCUGAAGAGCAUGAUUGGGAACCCCCUGUCAGGGAUGGGGUUUGGUGGUGGAGGCGACAAAGAAGAGGAGGCCACUCCAUCGGACCCAGCCAAAGCAGCAGGGAUGACCCGCGAGGAGUAUGAAGAGUACCAAAAACAGUUGGUGGAGGAGAAGAUGGAGAGAGAUGCAGAUUUUUUACACAAGAAAGCAGAGAGGGCGACACUGAGAGUGUGCCUCAGAGACAAGUACCGGCUGCCAAAGAGUGAGCAGGAUGAGAACAUGAUCGAGAUAGCUGGAGACGACGUGGACGUUCCCGAGGAGCUGCUGAAGAUGGUGGACGAGGACGCCACAGAGGAGGAAGGCAAGGACUCCAUCCUGGGCCAGAUCCAGAACCUGCAGAACAUGGACAUGGACCAGCUGAAGGAGAAGGCGUCGGCCACCGUCACAGAACUGAAGACCAAAGCUGAGGAGAAAUGCUCCCUCAUGUGAAGUUCAUGUACAGGAAAUACAAAAAAGAGAAAAAAAAAACAGAAAAGAAAUACACGGGGCAAAAUGUGUUUAAAAUUGUAUUUAUCAAAACAAACCAGGAUUACUGCUGUCAGCCUGGGAACUGGGUCUGUUCUUCCCUGUCUUUUCCUUAGUUAAAUUCUGUGUAAAUACAGUGACUCUCCCAAACUGUUUUUUUUUUAUUAUUAUUAUCAAAUACAUCAGUACACGCUAAGUAUUCGUCAUUUAUUUUCCCUCCUUUUCUGAAAUAUAAUUUUCUCUCAGAUAAAUUUAAAAAAAUGUUUCAAGCCCUCAUUUUGGAUUUUAAUACGGAUUUCCGAUAUUAUCGGCAACCAAUAUUCGCAUAAUUAUGUUAUAUCCGUAAAAACUGUUAGCGUUUUUUCCUCCGAUAAUAAAAACCCAAUAACCACUUCUGGAGUCCUGAGACCAUUUCCACAGUUUUGGGGGAUAUCGGUUAAUGUCGGAAUCAGACAUUUUGUGUUUGGACAAUAUCGGCAAAAGUUAAUAUUGGACAUUUUUAAAUAUUCUAAUAUAUUUUGAAUGUGUUGUUUUAUUUUUUUUUCUUCAAAAACAUACAAAUUUAGAUGUGUAUUUUCUCAAGCACACAGUUGAGCAGUUUAAGAAAUGUGAAACAUUUGCAAAUUUGCACACAUCAUAAUAUUUAACCAUUUACUGUACAGUUGUUUUUUUGUUUUUUUCAGUGCACUCAAACACUGAUGUAACGUGUGGUGAUCGACCUGUGGAAAGACAAUGUUUGAAUAAAGAUGUUUACUGGACACACGUGUACUGUACUUAUUGCCGAUACUUACUACAGUAGUACUAGUUAUAAUAUUCAUAAAUGAUUCAUGUUGGGAGACACCCUGCAUUCUUCACUCCCCUGCUUUACUAAA